UGCAAAGCACCAUAGAACUUUGGGACACUGCAACCCUAUGGAGAAUUUGCCAGUGAUAACUAAUGUUCAUGUAAAUAGGUAAAAGUAUCAUAAACCCUCUUCUUAAGGGUGUGGCUGUAAUUUGACACCCUACACAAGACUUGAAAAAAAUUAAACUCUCCCCAUCCUUAACGUCAAUGUUGGAGUGCUAUCCGGCAAUGAAAACCACCUUAAGCACCCCGUUCCACAAAUCAUUAAAGUAAGAUGAUGAUUGAUUAUGAGUCUCCAUCUUCAACUAUAAAUGCCUCCUAGUGUCAAAAGAGCUACACCUUCAUCUCCCUAUCUCUUCUUUCUCUUACACUAUAACACACACUCUCACAAAUUCAGACAGAUAGACACCAAUGUCAACACUGAACCAUCUUUUUGAUCUUCCUGAACAGAUAUGUUACAUACAAUGUGGAUUCUGUAGCACUAUUUUAAUGGUAAGUGUCCCAUGCAGCAGUUUGUCAAUGGUGGUGACAGUAAGAUGCGGGCACUGCACAAGCCUCUUUUCUGUUAAUAUGUCGAAAGCUUCUUUUAUCCCUUUCCACCUCUUAGCAUCUCUUAGUCAUCUUGAGGUGAUGGGUUAUUACCUUGCAAUUUCUAUAUUUAUUUCCUUUGGAAUUUUAUCUCAAAAUGCAUUUGUGACUGUCUCCACUCUCCAGCCAAAAGAAAGUAGUCCAGAAGCAGAUGCUAACAAGACUUUGAACAGCCAUAGUGCAUCCAUGAUGACCUAUUCUGAUUGUGAGGAAGAGGAUGUAAUUCCAAUGAGUCAUCAUGUUGUGAAUAAACCGCCAGAGAAGAGACAACGAACACCAUCUGCUUAUAACUGCUUCAUCAAGAAGGAGAUUAAAAGGCUAAAGGCUGAAAACCCUGACAUGGCCCACAAGGAAGCUUUUAGUACAGCUGCAAAAAAUUGGGCCAAUUUUCCCCAAACUCAGUGGUGCAGAGGAGAUGAAGAGAGCUGUAGCCAGACAGAUCAACUUGUGAACUCACAAGUGGACCCUCCUGAUGCUGAGGUUAAAGCAUAAUUAUUUGAAGAACUCAGCAAUUUCUUCAUUUAAGACAGAAGGUCAAUGAAGAAGGUCAAGGAUUCCGUGGAAGAAAGGUCCCAAGAAAUUCCAUCUUGGAAAGGACACAGUUUGAAUGAAGAAAGCUCAGCUUAUGUGACAUAACAAGCUUAUUUUCUGUCUUUAUGGUUGCCUCUAAAUAGUUUUCCUAAUUAAGAAAAGAUGCUCUCGGUAAUGAAAACGAAUUAAGAAGGGUUGAGACUUGAGAGCUGACAAUUUGAGACUUUAGGAAGUGCUUUACAUUGAUACUUUUAUCUGACACCUUUAUUUUACAGCAUACCAGUUCCAUUAACUAGUCUUCAGGACCACAAAUGUUUUUUUUCUAUUGUUUUUAUGUUGUUGGUUCUAAUAAAUGUUCAUUUGUUAAGUGUUCCUUGAUGUUAA